AUGGAAAUUUAUCGAGAUACGGUACCAUUCACAAUAUCUCCAUUUGGAUGCAUGGCGUCACUUCGAACUUUGCAAUCGUACGGAACGGAAAUAAAUAAUACUAUGGAUAACAAUACUUUUACUGGUGGCAGCAGUUGUGUGUAUUUUAUUAAAAAGACAAAAAAACCUAAGAGAAGGUGGAUGAAGGAUUGGUUGAAACAAAGAAAUACUUUUACACAUACCAACUUAUUGUCUGAAUUGUCUCUAAAGCCUACUGAUUGGAGAAACUUCUUAAGAAUGGACGAACAGACGUAUUUCAAAUUACUUGGACUUGUGACGCCAAUAAUAAAAAAACAAGAUACUAAUAUGAGGCAAGCCAUAACUGCUCACGAAAGGCUAUGUGCUACACUUCGUUUUUUACCAGCUUCUUACAUAAAGCACAAAGAAAGAGGGAAGAAAGACAGACGAGCGAUCGCCUCAGCAACUAUGCUAUUAAGGCCUUUUUUGCAUGUUAUUGAGGCCUUUCACCUGGAACUGGCGAGAGACUUACCUGGGUCAACUAUUUCAAUAGGAGGAGAAGAGAAGAAGGCGAAAAUUACUUCUAAUAUGGAAAUAACAUCACUUGACACAGAUCUCGCCACUCAUGUAUCUCAAGGAACAGAAGAUGCUACUAAAUGGAAUGAGUGUCUUUCCCCAGCAAUAUUUUAUCUAAUGCAUCAUUACUUUUUUGAUCCAUCUAUAAGGAGAAAGAUGCUUCAUCUUGUCCAUUCCAAGUAUGGGGCUUUAUUCUGUCAAAUUAGCAAGUAUGGUCACAUGUUCCAAUCGUGGAAAAUGAUCCAAAUAGGUCCUGGCCCUAUAGUUAAAAAUAAUACUCAUUACACUAGACUGUCCUGGAUUGAUGAACAUAUGGCCUCAAUGAAUGAGAGAACGAAAGAAUGGUAUGAGAAAUUAAAGGACUAUAUAACUGAUGACCGUAGAUAUUUGAGAUCUAGCCCUGGAAUGUUAAUGGGAAUGUUGAACGCAGCAAGCACUACUAUAGGACUACUACCCAUGAAUCUGAAUAUGCCGAUCGAAGAUGUCCUUACCAACACCCGCUCCAGCAGCCGAGCAACCCAGAGUGGUUGA